AUGGACACUGUGGAACUUGCCAGAAAGCUGCAAGAGGAGGCCACCUGCUCCAUCUGCCUGGACUACUUCACAGAUCCUGUGAUGACUGCGUGUGGGCACAACUUCUGCCGAGAAUGCAUCCAACUAAGCUGGGAGAAGGGCAGAGGGAAGAAAGGGAGAAGGAAGCGGAGAGGUUCUUUCCCCUGUCCUGAAUGCAGGGAGAUGUCCCCACAGAGGAACCUCCGGCCCAACCGUCUGUUGACCAAAGUGGCUGAAAUGGCACGCCAGCACCCCAGCUUCCAGAAGAGGGACUUGUGUAAAACACACCAGGAACUGCUGAAACUGUUCUGCCAGGAGGACCAGAGUCCUAUCUGUGUCAUCUGCAGAGAGUCCCGAGAACACCGGCUCCACACUGUGUUCCCCAUUGAUGAGGCCACUCAAGAUUACAAGGUGAAGUUGGAGGAAAACAUCAAAUAUCUGAGAGAGGAAAUGAUGAAGACUGAGGAUUCACUGGCCAGGGAAGACAGGAUCAUGAAAGAAUGGCAGGCAAGUGUGAAGAGCCGGAGAGAUCGCAUUGCAAUGGAGUUUGAGAAGAUGUGCAUUUUCCUGGCUGAGGAGGAGCAGCGCCUUCUCCAGGCCCUGAAGAAGGAGGAGGAUGACACAGCAGAGAAGCUGCGUGAGAACAAGUCCAUUCUGGACCAGCAGAGCUGCUCCUUGGAGAUGCUACUCCUGGAGCUGGAGGACAAGAGGGAGCAUUCGGCAUUGCAGAUGCUGCAGGAUAUGAAUCAUCCACUUGACAGGGUAAAGAACCUGACAACGCAGUAUCCAGAGGCCAUCCCUAUUGAUCUGAAGACGGUGUGCAGGGUACCUGGGCAGAUAGAGGUACUCAAGUGUUUUCAAGAGGAUGUGGUACCUGAUGCUGUCACGGCAUACCCCUACCUCCUUAUGUACGAGAGCCGGCAGAGGUGCUACCUCAACUGCCCAGUGGAUGCCAUGCUCUGCAACAAGGACAGGUUCCUCGCCUACCCCUGCAUGGUGGGCCAGACCGCCUUCUCCGAGGGGAGACACUACUGGGAGGUGGGCAUGAACCUCACUGGGGAUGCACUAUGGGCUCUGGGCGUGUGCAGAGACAACAUUAGCCGGAAGGAGCGCGUCCCCAAGUCCCCUGAGAAUGGAUUCUGGGUUGUGCAGCUGUCCAAGGGGAAGAAGUAUUUACCUAUGAUCUCAACUGCUACCCCCUUCACACUGAUGGAGCCCCCCAGUCAUGUGGGGAUCUUCUUGGACUAUGAGGCUGGAGAUGUCUCUUUUUACAAUGUGAACAAUGGCUCACACCUGCACACUUACUCCCAGGCUGCCUUCUCAGGCCCCCUCCAGCCUUUUUUCUGCCUUGGGGAUCCUAAAUCAGGCCAGAUGGUCAUCUCCACAGUGACUGCAUGGGUGAAGGGAUAG